AUGCCAGGCGACGACAAGGGCCAAGCUGUGCUCUUUGGCAGCAAACUGGCCAAGCAUGACCAAGAUGUUCCCGCCGUUGAGGAAAUCUCCCUGACAGACGAGACCGCCACGGCCAGCAGUGGCGCCGCCAUUGGCAACGAAAACGAUACCGCGACGACGACAAACGCCGCUACCGCAGCUCCUGUCGAGAUCAAAGCCAUCCUCUCGCCCAUCACGCCCGCCUCGCCAGCUCCGGGUAGCAUCCACAGUGGCAGCAGCGGCGCCGCGAGCGACUUCAUCCCCCUCGUUACUGUCGUCGGCUUCCAUCAUGCGCGCGGACCAGAGGUCGAAUCGUGGUUCGGCGUCGACGACGGCACGGACCCGGCCGCCGACUACAACUGGCACCUGCUGCCUUUCAUGGCCCUCAGCGACGGCGCGCACGCCUCCGAGGAGGACUUUUCUUACUUUACCCUUCUGCGGCCCGCCACCGCCGACAAGCCGGCCUGCUCGCUCUUUGGCAUCUCCUGCACCCGCCAGAUCGACUCGGCCGCCCUCCUAAACCGCCCCGCCGACGUAACGCGCUCUACGGUCCAGAAGGCCGUCGUCGUCAUCGCCGACAGCCCGCACUUUUUUGGCGUCCUCCGCGAGAGGCUCGGCAUGGUCACGCACGCCUGGUUCGCCCAGCGCGAGUUCACCGACGUUGAGAUUCUGCGCCGCUUCCAGGAGAGUCUCGCCGACGAAAAGGCCCGCGGCGACUUGGCAGAAACGGGUAGCAGGGAUCAGUAUUUGGGGAUGAGUUUGCGUGAGCUGAUUCACGAAUACAAGUGGCAGACCUUGGUGCUGCUCAAGUGUUGUCUGUUGCAACCAAAGAUGUUAUUCUUUGGCUCGCGAUGUGACAAACUCUGCAUGGUUCAGUUUGCACUCAUAUCGUUCAUACCCGGCUUGAUACGGAACCUACAAGACUGCGCCGAUCCGGAGCUCAACGCAUACGAGGAGAAGCUGGCCCCGUCUACCAGCCUGCAGAGUAGCAACCGUAGCUCAUUACUGCAAUUCAUGGGCUUGCCGCUGCAAAUAUUCGGUAAAGGCGCCAUUUUUGGACCGUAUACUCCUCUGCAGCAACUCGACCUGCUCGCCGACGUUGGCACCAAAUCGUACCUGGUUGGCAGCACAAAUUCGCUGCUCCUGCAGCAAAGGGACAGAUAUAGCGACAUUCUCAUCAACCUCGACGAGGGCACCGUCAAUAUUACAUCGCCUUCUCUAAAGGCCGCACUAGCGUUGACGGCCGCAGACCGCAGAUGGAUCGACUUGUUGACGCACCAGAUCAAUGAAACGUGGGAUGAGUCCAACCCCAGCCGCCCCAAGAACCUACAAUACGCCGGCAGCGAGGAAUACAUUCGCUCACAAUUCGAGUCGUAUAUCCUCGGCCUCAUAUCCUCUGUCAAGUUUCACAAUUUUCUCGCGCAGCAAGGCGAUGUCAGCAAGGGCACAUUUACAAGCGAGGAAGACCCCGCCGUCGAUUUUGGCCUAGAAUGGAUCGCCGCCUGGCAAAAGACAGAAAACUACCGCAUCUGGGAAUCCCACACCGACGCCAACCUUUUUGCCGUGUCGGAGCCCAAACACCCCUGCGCCGGUGGCCUCACCAUAGACGACGUUCAGCGCCGCAUCGCCGACCAGGUCAAGGACUUGCACCUGGACGAGCGCCUCGCUCAGGGCCGCGAGAUUCUGGGUCGCAACCUUGCCGCAGGCCGCGAAAAGGCUUCGUCCAUGUUCAACAAGCUCUACAGCGACGUGGAAUAUCUCCGCGAAUCCCAGCGCCGCCGGGCCGACGAGGCUGCCGUUGCUUCGCGCGCCUCCGUGUCCAGCGACAAGUCCGCGGCCACCACCGGCACUACCGCCCCGUCUGUAGCGUCUCCGACCUUUGCCGUGGACAUGACCAAGGCCCAGGCCACCAUGCAGUCGGUCGGCAACAAGGCCGGCGCGUACAUGUCGAGCUGGGCCUCGUGGGCCGGCGAGAAGCGCAAGAACAGCACCUGGGGCGCCAACUGGCGGAGUGGCGGCGGCGGCAGCAGCAGCAGCAGCAGCAGCAAAACUCAGCAGUCUAGGCAACCCGUCAACGGCUCCACGCCCACCAGCCCCAUUGAUAAAGACUACCAGAUGAUUAGCACGCUGGGAUCCCACACCACCUCCACUGACGCCAGCCACACCCGCAGCCGCGACAGCGCCACCAGCACCACAAUGCGGCCCCUCACCCAGCAGAGCUUCAGCGAGAGCAUCCUCUCCCGCGCGAGCAGCUCCUUUGACAGGCCUCUGACGGGCGAGUCGGUCGACAAGGAUGAUGACGCCCUCGGAGUCACAGCGGUCUCGUCAGCCGCCUCGGACGCCUCCUCCCCCCCGUCUCCCGAAAAGAAGACGUCGGCCGUUUCUACCAGUAAAGUCGACGGCUUUCAGACCGAAGAGCUCGUAGGCAGCAGAAAUGCGUCGCAGGAAUCGACCGAGACGCCGCCGACUCCUGUCGUGGGAACGGCGCCCGUGCCGGGGAGCGCGGUGGAGGCGGAGGAGCGCACAGACAAGGCUGACGAUGCGCCGACAGCGGCGGACACCAAGACGAGGUAA